AUGCAUGUAGGGGUCAACGAGGCAAAUAUUGGAGAGUCGAAGGAAUUUAAAAACGAGGGUGAGAAUGAUGUUAAACCGUGUCCACCGAAUCGCCAUCAAUUUCAACGCGAUCUUUCGAGGAUUCACACCACCAUAGAUGGCACUAAAGAAGAGGUUACGGUUGAACUUUUUACCGAAAAAGUGGGGUUUUUUGAGCUUUUCAUUCGAGCUUUAGAACUCCAUCCAUGCAAUUUUCUUUUUCAACGUUGACAGCAGUGUUUGAUUUUCACAAAUGUAACAUUCACAAUAAGGAUAAAAAUAUCAAAAACAACGGAAUAUCUGGCAUUUUUGUUGUUUUGCAUUUUAAACUGCUCAUUUACUCUUCAAUCUCGUAUGUUUUUCAAAUAAUAGAAAAAAACUUGAUUUUUCUGCCUGAUUUAUGAAAACAUGGUCCUGAAAAGAGCCUUUUAGACAUAAGUCAUGAAAAUGUCUAUCUCGUUUUUUUUUUUGAAAAGGGACGACGCCUUGUUUUCGCGCCAAAAAAGUUCAGACAGAAGAAUCGGUGUUCACGUGCUCUAUGCCUACAUUGCGCGUAACUCUUCCAAGCCAAGAAAAGAGAAAUAUUUAAAAAAAAGGAUAAAUAUAGAAUAGCUUUUUUGCUUCAAAAACCUCGGUUCAAGCAUUGAUAAAAUAAAGAUUCAAUACAACUUAACAUUUAAAAUCGAUGAUUUGAAGACAAAAAGCUUUAUUUCAAAGCUAAAAAAAACGAAGAAUAAAAACCCUGUUCAUUUCUUAAUUACAUAAAUAAUUAAAUUUCAGAUCCGAAGAGAGAUCGAUAAAUGUGUGGCGAUGAAUCCCCAACGAGAAGAACUUCGAAUCAUCCGACGAGAUCUUAGCACAAAAAUUGAAUCCCACAGAAAAGAAGAUAUCAAUUUGAAAACGGCUCUUGAUGAAUUGGUAUCAAAAAAUUUUUUAUUCGGAGAAUUUCAAAAUAUUUCCACACAGAAACGAGCUCAACUGGAUUUGGAGAAGGACUGUAGAAUCAGACGUAAAGAUCAACUCGAUGUCUACUUGGCCAAUUUGGAGACAAGAUACACCAAUGCAAAUCUAACAAUCCGAGAUGAGCAGUCUCUUAUCCAAGAAAUCGACGCUCUGAAAAGGAAUCGUGGCAAAUUGGAGUAAGUUCAUGAAUUUCAAAAGACUGAAAAUAACUGCAAUUUUUCAGCAAACUUGACGAAAUCGCGAACCAACGCAAGGAUAUGGAAAAGAAAAUCGAAGAUCUCAAACGUCAGAAGCAGGUAUUACCUAUUUUCAUCAUAUUUUCGGAGAACCUCACGUUUUUAGGGAGCUUAUCACGCACUGACGACUGUGAAAAUCCAAGCCGCUGAGCUGCUGAAAACCCGGAAAAAACACGAGAACCGCAUAGGAAUCUUGAAAAUGAACCUGAAUGACAUGUUUUCGGAGAGAAGAAUCUUGAUAUCUGGCUAUUCUCAAAAUAGAGCAAGCUAUAGCACUUGGUUGGUUGUUAACAAGGUGAAUUGAUUUUGGAAAUUAGUCUGGAUUUCAAAUUUUUUUCAGAAACAUCCCUCAAAAAAUGAAGCGUUUCCUUCGACAUUUCCAACUGCAAAUCGCCACAAGAAAACUUGUAAGAUUUGAAAGUAUCUUUUUAAAUUUUUUAAAAAUGUGUAUGGAAAUUUUUUCAGAUACUUUCGUGGAAGAUGAAGAGCUGGAGCCGUUUUUCGAGCAGAAAAGGGAUUGCAAACGGCUCAUUGGCUAUUUGGAGCAACUGAAAGCAAUGCUUCCACAGGAGGAAACUACUCAAACUUAUAUUUUAGUUAGUCUUGAUUAUUAAGUUUUAAAUUACAAAACAAUUCAGCCGCAGCAAAUGAGCACGGAUGAUGAUUCGGCCGACGAGUUGCCUUCCCAUUUGGCCAAAUUGUCAACUUCCCCGCCGAAAGCCAUCAUCACGAUUUCUAAUAGGAAACAAUUUUUGAAGAAAAGCAAAACUUCCCAGGUUUUUAUUGCUUCUUUUCAUGAAUUACCAAAUAUUUCCAGCCGAUUUCCCAUCAAAUUGAAAUUUUCAAAAUGUUCGGCAACGUCGAAGUCGACGCCCCCAAACUUUAUUCUGAUGUUCCGGCUAUUUUGGAAGAGGUUAUUUUUGACUGUGAUUUCAAAAUUAAGUUAUUUGGAUUCCAGGUAAAAAUGAAACUUGCCUUUUUCGAGCAACAAACCAACGAAAUCGAAUGGGACGAUGAAGAUUUGCAAUUAGGUUCGUUUCUUUUUUUUUUCUUUUUCCGCUCUAUUUGAAAUAGCAGUGUUUUUUCAGAUCGGGUAAAAAAAUUGAUCAUUAAAAGUUUCCAUUUUUUUGAAAAUAAGAACGUUGAUUCAUAAUUAUUUACAUCGAAGUAAGGUACAAGAUCAAAACAUUUUAUAAUUCAUUUUUAUGUUUCACUCCUCUUUCUAAUCUCCCGAAAAAAGGCGAUAUUGUAACUAUUUUAAAUCGAAGCUUACAAAAUUAAGAAGAUGACGUUACAGCUAUAUGAUGAUUUUAAUGCUUUGUCGAAAACGAAAUUUGAAUUUUUAUUAUUAAUUUGUUAAAAAUAAAGAGUUAUGAAAACAGCUUCAAGAUUUUUCAUGUUCUCUUGAUUAAUUCUUUGAACUUUUCGAUAAACUUAAAAGACAGUUAUUCAUAAUCUUUGAACUCGAGGCUGAAGACACAGAAUAUCAAAUUUAUUGAACUUGAUCAUUCUUUUGAUUGCUUGAGUUUUUUUUUCAAUUUUAAGGUUCAAUGUCGGUUUCUCACACGGCAAGCGAAUUCACCGAUUCCUUUUACGAUGAUUCCUCGGACGCUAACAGCGUAACAAGGUAAUUUUUUCUUCAUUAUAUUUUUUCCAUAAUUUCUUGAAGCUCCACUAAAAGAAGUCGUUCUUCUCGGAUUUCAAAGUAAAGAGUAUUAUCUUCUGUGAAAAAAAUUCACAAUUUUUUGAAGAAAGUAUUUCCAAAUGUUUUAUGCCUGAGAAAAGUGCUGAAAUAAAUAGGAGUUCUAAAUUCCAAGUUUUUUGAGUUUUGAUUCGGAAGCUCAUCAAUUUUUGUCAAUUCUCACAAAUUCCCAUUACAAUGACGUCAUUUUGAAUUCCUACAUCAUUUUCAUUCAUUAAAUACAGUUUAUGGUUGUAGAAGAAAAUAACGAUUUCAGUGCGCGUCGCAAUUUCAGUCGCGAGAGCUGUCAAUCUCCACUGGCAGAACGGAAAUAUACUAUCACCUCCGAUGAUUUCGAUGCCGAUGAAGGUUUUCCAGACUAUGAUUCUUUUUCAAAAUUUUUUUUCAGGAUGCUCCAGCAAAUGA